GAGGGUGAAAUCAGAUGAUAAUUGUGUUGGCAACAGAACACGGUAUGAACAGUUCCUCCUGAACCACAGGAGCAACUGCUCUGGCCUUAUUUGUCUUUGGCAACUUGAAAUGACACCUGGAUACGUUUGAUAGCGGGGACGUAACAUUUCCAGCUGUCCUUGUAUGCUGGUCGGGUUGUCAGUGGAAUCACUAAACUCAGAUGGGUCAGGCACUUUGGAGGCUGCCUCCCAGACAACAGCAGCAGCUUCAGGAAGAGCUAGCCGACCGACUGGCUGACCAAGGAGGAGGAGGAAGACGAGAGCAAGAUGGUGGUCCCCAGAGAAGAGCUCCUCAGCACUGUUAUGGCCCUGACAUCUACCAUCUGCUGAGAACACGCCGGGGAGGUAAAGAGCAGCAUGGGUUUAUCGAUUUGGAGAUGCUGCCACCUGAGUUAGGGAUCACCAUACUCUCCUACUUGAAUGCUACUGAUCUGUGCCUGGCCGGCUGUGUGUGGCAGGACCUGGGAAAUGAUGAAUAUCUAUGGCAGGGGCUAUGUAAGUCCACAUGGGGACACUGCUCCAUCUACAACAGAAGACUACCUGCUGGUUUCUCCUACAGAAGACUAUACCUGCAAUUAGAUGAAGGCAGCCUGACGUUCAAUGCUAACCCACAGGAGGGUAUCAGUUAUUUUAUGUCUAAAGGUAUACUACUGGACCAUCCUACUGAGCUGGCUAAGUUCAUCUUCUACACCAGACGGCUCAACUGGAAGAUGCUGAGGAUUUAUCUGGACGAGAGACGGGACGUCCUGGACGAGUUGGUGACCCUCCAUAAUUUUAGUAACCAGUUCCUCCCCAAUGCACUACGGGACUUCUUCAGACACAUCCAUGCACCAGAAGAGAGGGGGGAGUAUCUGGAAACACUCAUCACCAAGUUCAGCCACAGGUUUUGUACCUGUAAUCCAGGCCUAGUCCGAGACCUGGGGCUCAGUCCUGAUGCCGUAUAUGUGCUGUGCUACAGUCUGAUCCUGCUGUCCAUCGACCUGACCAGUCCCCACGUCAAAAACAAAAUGUCCAAGAGGGAGUUUAUCAGGAACACUCGCCGAGCAGCGCACAAUGUCUCAGAUGACUUCGUAGGCCACCUCUAUGACAACAUAUACCUGAUUGGCCAUGUGGCAGCAUAGCUACGCCUAGCAGCUGUCCGGUGUGAAUCCUCAUUCUGCACUGAAGAGGGCGGAAUUGGUGUUUGGAAUCGUAUACGUAGAAGUAUGGAGCAUUGCCGAAAUGGAUUUUUAACAACUUUCAUGUCCUUCAAGGAAUCUAACAACAAUUAAAUCUUUACUAAAAGGUUUGUAAAUCAAACGAGAUUCACCAUUCCACUGUGAGACUGAGACUGUGCAACCAAAAUAUUAGUAAUGUUAUUAGAGUUUAAUCAAAGGUGUGAAAUCAUCUGAAAUGUCUUUAAAAGCAAGUCAUUGCAAAGAAGGAGGCGGAACCAUGAAGACAAGCUCUGACACUGCACUGACAGAUGAGGACUACUGAUUGGCGGAGGUGGUCCAGGAGGAAGAGGAGCGCUUCCCUUAGCCUUUCACAGACGCUGGACAGUCCUGCUGGUUUCCUAUUGGACAAGAGCUGCUUCUCAUUUACCAGGAGGACAAGGGCUGCCCCCCCCUGUUCUUAUAGGAAGUGACACACUGGAUGAAGGCUAAUAUAAGAUCACUCACUAACAUAGCAUUUACCAGUGUAACUACUGACAAAGCUACACUGAAGCUAUUGUAUAAAUCAGCUGACCUUGACCACAUUUUCCAUUGGCAGCAACCAGAAUGUCCAAGCGUCAAGAUUCAACUAGAGAACAUUUUUGUAUUGGAACCCUAAAUCUCUCUUCCUUUUUAUGCUGGUACGAGUGCUCCAGGUCUGAUUCACCAGACUCCCUUAAAGUUUUUGCAAAUUUUACAUUUUUCAGCUUGAUGAGUGUUUCAUGAGGAGGCGCAUGUAAGAUAUUUAAUCAUUAGCACGAUCAAAGCCCCUAAUACUGCCACGAGGCUACCUGAUCUCCAGAAAUGUUAACAAAGAGCGACUUUCACACUACAGAGCUUCAAGUCUUGUUGUCAGAAAUCAACAAGGAAGAACAUAACACAUUUAGCAGUGGUGGUCGUGGUGGCGGUGGUAUUAACAGACCUGAAACAAUGAGAAAAUCCAUGUGUCGUCAAAGCAGAGCUGUGGCAGACCGCGACAGUUUCAGAGAUACAUGAAAGAAUAUUAUAACCUACAGUAGGUGAUGUUACUCUGUCGGAUGCAGCAGAGGAUGAUGCUGGACAGUGACCUGCAUAAAGACUAUGAGGUAGCUGUUAGAGUGAGAGGAUUUACCAUCAACUACUAAACUGUUUAAGUUGCUGUGCCUAAAAAAAAAAAAGAUAGAUGAUAAUAUAGUGAACAGAAGAUUCAUUUAGCAUGGUUUGCUUUUAGUUUUAUUUAAUUUUGGUAUAAUAUUAAAACCUCAAAUUCUUUCAGAUUGUGACAUCAUGAAUCAAAAGACAGACUUUCUCUCUGUCCAUGUCUCAUGCGACAGGACUGGACCAUCACUCAGUUUGUUUGGUGAUUAAGAGAAAUUUCGAAGUAUGCAAAAAUUGGUGAAUGCUACCAAGCCCUUCGUCUACACCGUGAAAUCGUUUAACAAACAUGUAAAAUCCUCAAAAACCUGCAUCACUUCAGAUGGAUUGUUUCAGGAUAAAUAUGACAGUCAUACAGUUGAAAUACACCUUUCAUAUUUGAAGUGUUGUUGGAACCAGCUGCCUAAACGUAGUGGGAACUUUCGGUCACUGCAGUGAAGGGGACACACUCCUCAUGCAGCAUGUAGAGCUGCUCCGUUAUCUUCUAUGCUCUGCCUCUGUGCUUUAUGAGGAAAUGGUAUAUAUGGUAGUUGGGAAGCCAGGGUUUGAUGAUGGACCUGACUCUAAUUCUGGCAUCAUAAUCAAGGAAAUGGCUGAAGUCAAGUACAGUGAAUGAUAAUAUUAAGUGGAAAAAAAUGAAGGAUGAAGGAUUUUCAUCAAGUCAUUCUGUGAUUUUAUCUCUCGGAGGAUGAAACCGCUGGCUGAAGUCUGUGGAUGGCAGCGCAGUAUCUGAGGUGUAUGAAGUUCUGAAGUUGUUUUAAAAAAUAAUCCAGCUGUAAUCUCCUGUGUUUGCACAAUGCAAAAACUUAGCAAAAGCUUAGCUGUAGUUCCUGAAGUCGUGGGCUUCCACUGUUUUGAAAAUCCUUGAAAAUCAGCCCGUAAAAACAUAGCUACCGCUGCCAUGACAUAAUAGCAUAAUCCAUCACUUUAAAUUAGACAUGCAAGACUUUAUAACACCACAACCACCACAGCUGUAAUCCUGUCAGGCCCAGUGUCAUUCUUCCAGAAAUGAAUGAAAAUAUUAUUAUAUAGAUUAUUAUGCAUCUCAAAAUAUGACAUUUAGCCUUCUGUUUAUGACAGCUCACAGAGCACAGUUCUGGAAAAAGGAGAAAAUCUUCUUAUUUAACACCAUAAAUAGAAGUGUGGUAAAAUCAUAGGUGUAAUUUCACAUGAUUGAUUUGUCAGUACAGUGUCUGACCUGAUUUUAAUGGAUUUUUAAAACAGGGAAAGUCCAUCACAUCUGGAGUAGACCACUACAGCAGAGAAGAUGUAGUGUCUGACUGGCAAAUACAUACAUGUAACUGAUGCCUCUAUUAGGCAUUACAGUAGUAUUAGAGAGUUUGAAGCCAAUCUGGAGUAAUGAAUGAAGUGUACAAAAAACUUUAAUCAAUUUUGUAGCAGUUUUUGUAUUUAAACCUAAGGGGGUUUGUAUCAUAACCUAGACAGCUAGUUGCAAUAUCAACACUUAUUUAUUUUAUUGUUUUAAUUUUGUUUUUUUUAAUCCAAGUCAGUUCUGUUAAAAGCCUCUUCAUUCGAUUGUGAACCUGACCACACCUGAAUGCAGAAUAUUCACUUUAUUUAAGAGUCAUCAUUGCUGAUAAUGCACAUACUGAUUUACAAGUAUCAUUGUUCUCUUUAAAUUAUGAAGGAAGUCCACAUCCUGCACUGUAUUUUUUUAUUUUUUUUUCUUUAUGACUGACAAAAUGUUCCAACAAAUUGUUCCAAAUAUUUGACUUAGCUAAAUGUGGGCUUUGCUUUACUGACACGUCUCACCUGCACCUGCAGUUCAACAGCUUGAGGAAUGAAAGGGUCGAAACAGGAGCCACCGCUUGCUCUGUUUGACCUGUUCCACUGAACAGCUAGCUGAGUGAUAGAUCGUGUCCUUCUUCACUCCUAUUGCUGGUAAUCCUCAGCAGAUAAAGCUGAUUCAGUGACAUGUUUCCUGUCUCUGCAACAAUGUGAGACGAAGGUCUCAUUAAGAACAGUCAAGCUUUUAAAGCCAGUUCCAUCCGUUAUUCUCAAUGGUAGGCCAUUUAUUCAUGAUGGAAGGGCUACUGUAGCUAAUGGCUAAUGCUUAAAUAAUAUUUAUUAAUUAAUCUCAUUAAUUAUCAUAUAUUUAAUUAAUGAUAUUAAUUAAAAUAAGAAUACAUACAGUAAAUACAUAGAAAGAAUUAUUAGUAAGGAAUCAGAUGUAAAUUGUAAACUGAAAAUGCCAUUCUUAAUAAGAGGACACUAACAGGACACGUGUCGUGUCAAGUCCUUCAACAUAAAUAACCAUACUGCAGGAGUUAAACCACAGAUACACUGUUCAAAAUCACUGCUGAAAAAUAAAUAACUAACCUUUUUAUGAUGUGACAGUGCUUCGGCAAAGAUUUGGUAAGAUUUAGGCACAAAAACAACUUGGUGAAGUUUAGGGGGGGAUCAUUGUUUGGGUUAAAAUAAGUUCUUUAUUCAGGUUAGAGGACAUCGUUGUCAUGGUUACAGUAAUAAACAUCGUUGUAGAAGAGCUUUGUCACUGGAACGUGAGCGUGUCAUUUUGCUGAAACAACUGAUGCUGUCUUACACAAAACCACUAGAGGUCACUCAUAUUAACCUGUUCCAUUAACAACAACACAGAACCGUGGGUUGGAAUAAACCGC